UGAAGGACUUCAGGGGAGAAAAGCAAAAACUUCUAACAAAUGGGAAAUUAUAAAUCUAGACCAACUCAAACUUGUACUGAUGAAUGGAAGAGGAAAGUCAGUGAAUCUUACGCUGUUAUUAUAGAAAGAUUACAAGAUGACCUGCAGAUCAACGAAAAAGAAAUUACAGAACUAAGGCACAUAUUUGGCUCUGAGGAAGCCUUCAGUAAAGCCAAUUUAAAUUACCGCACAGAAAACGGGCUCUCUCUGCUGCACCUGUGCUGCGUCUGCGGAGGCAACAAGUCACAUAUCCGUGCCCUUAUGUUAAAAGGGCUGCGUCCGUCGAGACUGACACGAAGUGGAUUUCCAGCGUUGCACCUGGCAGUUUACAAGGACAGCCCGGAAUUGAUCACUUCCCUUCUGCACAGCGGAGCAGAUGUCCAGCAGGUCGGAUACGGAGGUCUCACUGCCCUCCACGUGGCUGCGCUAGCUGGUCGCUUGGAGGCUGCAGAUGUUCUGCUCCAACAUGGGGCUAAUGUUAAUGUCCAAGAUGCUGUCUUCUUCACCCCUCUGCACAUCGCUGCUUACUAUGGGCAUGAGCAGGUAACCUGCUUGCUUUUGAAGUUUGGUGCGGAUGUCAAUGUAAGCGGUGAAGUUGGAGACAGGCCCCUGCACCUGGCCUCUGCAAAGGGAUUCUUCAGUAUUGUAAAACUGCUCAUGAAUGAUGAGGACAAGGCGGAUGUGAAUGCUCAGGAUAAUGAAGGCCAUGUGGCUCUGCACCUCUCCUCUCGCUUCGGACACCACGAUAUAGUAAGCUAUCUGCUUCAGAGUGAUCUGGAAGUUCAGCCUCACGUUGCGAACAUCUACGGCGACACCCCUCUGCACCUGGCAUGCUACAAUGGCAAGUUUGAAGUUGCAAAGGAAAUUGUUCAAAUAUCAGGAUCUGAAAGUCUGACCAAGGAAAACAUCUUCAGCGAGACAGCUUUUCACAGUGCUUGUACCUAUGGCAAGAACAUUGACCUGGUCAAGUUUCUUCUUGAUCAAAAUGUUGUGAGCAUCAAUCACCAAGGAAGAGAUGGGCACACAGCCUUACACUCUGCUUGCUACCACGGACACAUUUCCCUGGUUCAGUUCCUACUGGAUAAUGGUGCAGAUAUGAAUCUGGUGGCUUGUGAUCCCAGCAGGUCUAGUGGAGAAAAAGAUGAGCAGACGUGUUUGAUGUGGGCUUAUGAAAAAGGACACGAUGCCAUCAUCACCCUCUUGAAGCAUUACAAGAGAUCUGAGGAUGAGCUGCCAUGUAAUGAAUAUUCCCAGCCUGGAGGAGAUGGUUCCUAUGUGUCUGUCCCAUCCCCCUUGGGGAAGAUUAAAAGUAUGACUAAAGAGAAGGCAGAUGUUCUCCUGCUAAGGGCUGGGCUGCCCUCCCAUUUCCAGCUCCAGCUCUCUGAAAUCGAGUUCCAUGAAAUCAUCGGCUCAGGUUCUUUUGGGAAAGUCUAUAAAGGACGAUGCAGGAAUAAAAUAGUGGCUAUAAAACGUUACCGAGCCAACACCUACUGUUCCAAGUCGGACGUGGAUAUGUUUUGCCGAGAGGUGUCCAUCCUCUGCCAGCUCAAUCACCCUUGUGUGAUCCAGUUUGUGGGCGCCUGCCUGGAGGACCCCAGCCAGUUUGCCAUCGUCACACAGUACAUAUCAGGAGGCUCCCUCUUCUCACUUCUUCAUGAACAGAAGAGAAUCCUCGACUUGCAGUCUAAACUAGUAAUUGCAGUAGAUGUUGCCAAGGGUAUGGAAUAUCUGCACAACUUGACCCAGCCCAUCAUCCACCGCGACCUGAACAGUCACAAUAUUCUUCUCUACGAGGAUGGCCAUGCUGUGGUGGCAGAUUUUGGAGAAUCACGAUUUCUGCAGUCUCUGGAUGAAGACAACAUGACCAAACAGCCUGGGAACCUCCGCUGGAUGGCCCCCGAGGUGUUCACGCAGUGCACGCGCUACACCAUCAAAGCCGACGUCUUCAGUUACGCCCUGUGUCUGUGGGAACUUCUCACGGGAGAAAUUCCAUUCGCCCAUCUCAAGCCAGCAGCGGCAGCAGCAGACAUGGCGUACCACCACAUCAGACCUCCCACUGGCUACUCCAUCCCCAAACCCAUCUCGUCUCUGCUGAUGCGAGGCUGGAACGCAUGUCCUGAAGGAAGACCUGAGUUUUCUGAAGUUGUUACGAAGUUGGAGGAAUGUCUCUGCAACAUCGAGCUCUUGUCUCCUGCGUCCAGCAGCAGCAGCGGUUCGCUGUCCCCUGCUGCUUCGGCGGAUUGCCCGGUUAACCGUGGAGGGCCAGGCCGGAGCCACGUGGCAGCGUUGCGCAGUCGAUUUGAGUUGGAACACGCUCUCAAUGCAAGGUCCUACCCUGCCUGGUCUCAGGGUGUGGGACCACACUCCACUCCAGGCCUGUCUUUGGAGGAAAUGAACAGAGGUGCCCAGUACUCACCCAUCGAUAAAUAUGGUAAGUGGGCAGAUGGGCUGGAUUCAUUAAGGAAAUCACUCCUAGAGAGAAGGCUUCCACUCAUUCUGGUAGCAAGGGGGAACGUUGCAUUUUGCAAUAUCCCGAAAUUACAGGUGAGUCCCUUUUCAGCCAAGGAACUGUCUCAGUGGACAGAGGUGGAGAAUGGGAGUAAAACAAUAUACAUCUUAGAGCCCUCGACCUCAGACUUCCACCCUUAUGCAACAGGCAUGAAGAUGUAG